CCACGGCCUGUUGUUCCGCCAUUCCGCCAAUGAGAGCGUGCUUCUGCCGCACAGCCAGCCCAAUGAGAAGGGUUCUGGGUCCGAGCGAGAGUUCAGCUUCUUCCAUCUGAGAAGGGGGACAACAAUCGUCUCUCCUGCACCGUGCAACCGGGGAUGCUUCAAUCUUAAAGGAUAAUCUGCUAUUGUCUGAAGUGAAAGUUGACGUGGAUAUCAAGCUGAAUGCUGCCGUUAAGAAAUUUACAGAUGAGAACGAGGUGCCGCUUGGCCCAGGGACGCGAGUCCUGCCGCUGAAGCCCGAUGCGAUCGCCCGUGCGAUGGACCGUUGUAAGCACGUGGGGCGCCUGCGCCUGGGCCACAACCACUCCAUCCUCAACCCUCAGAAAUGGCAGUGCGUGGACUGCAGCAGCACAGACUCGCUGUGGGCCUGCCUGAAGUGCUCCCACGUGGCGUGCGGCCACUUUGUGGAGGAGCACUCCCUCAAGCACUUCCAGGACUCCUGCCACCCGCUGGCCAUGGAGGUGCGCGAGCUGGACGUCUUCUGCUUCGCGUGCGGCGACUACGUGCUCAACGACAACGCCGAGGGCGACCUCAAGCUCCUCCGGGGGGCGCUGUCCACCGUGCGGAGCCCCGGGCGCCGCUCGCUGCGUUCCUCGGCGGCGGCGGGGCCGGGGGCGGCGGGGGGGGAGGGCGGGGCUCUGCCGGCGGCCAUGCAGCUGGCGGUACGGCACCGCAGGAAGGCCCUCCUGCGGACCAUGCUCUGCCGCUGGAUGGGCCGGCGGCAGGUCCUGCAGAGCCGGCGGGAGCACGAGGUGGAGGAGGAGAAGGAGGAGGUGCGGCGGCAGCGGCGAGAGGUGAAGAAGAGGCUGAUGGAGGAGCUGGGCAACGUCCCUCCCCGCAAAAGCGCCCGGCUCCUGACCCAGGGCCCCCGCUCGACCAUAACGUUCAUCCCCCUCAAGUUCCGGGACCCACCGGAGCGGCUACCUCCCCCUCCGCCCCCGCACCCGCCCAAGAAGCAGCCCCCGCCCCUGGCCCUGUCGCGCAAGGCGGCCCCCGGCGGCCGGGCGGUCAAGCUGAGGAAGUUCCGCUCGAGCCGCACGGCGCGGCGGCGGCGGCUGGCCCCGGGAGUCACGGGCCUGCGGAACCUGGGCAACACGUGCUACAUGAACUCUAUCCUGCAGGUGCUCAGCCACCUGCAGAAAUUCAGGGAGUGUUUUCUCACCUUGGACACGUGUGAGACCGAGGAGCUGCUGGCCAAGACCCCCGCCCCCCCGGGGGUGAGGGGCGUGGCGGGGGGGUUGGUCAGCGAGGGGGGCGGCGGCACCGCCGCCCUGUCCCCCUGCCCCCUGGGGCGCAUCGGGAAGGCGGGCUGCGUCGCGCCCGCCCUCAGCGCGGCCGAGCUGGUCCAGCCCAAAGAGCCGCGCGUCUCCACCCGCCAGCAGAUGUCGCUGUGCCACGAGCUGCACACGCUCUUCAGGGUCAUGUGGUCGGGGCGGUGGUCCCUGGUGUCCCCCUUCGCCAUGCUGCAUUCGGUGUGGAACCUCAUCCCGGCGUUCCGGGGCUACGACCAGCAGGACGCCCAGGAGUUCCUGUGCGAGCUUCUGGACAAGGUGCAGCAGGAGCUGGAGUCGGAGGGCUCCAAGCGGCGCAUCGUCAUUCCCAUCAGCCAGCGCAAGCUCUCCAAGCAAGUGCUGAAGGUUCUCAACACCAUCUUCCACGGGCAGCUACUCAGCCAGGUGACAUGUUUGUCCUGCAAGCACAAGUCAAACACGGUUGAGCCCUUCUGGGAUCUCUCGCUGGAGUUCCCCGAGCGCUACCACAGCAUAGCAAAAGGCUCGGCCUACCAGCGCAGCUGCACACUCACAGAGAUGCUGGCCAAGUUCACAGAGACGGAGGCCCUGGAAGGCAACAUCUACGCCUGCAACCACUGCAACAAAAGAAGACGUAAGACUUCCCACAAACCCUUGGUGUUGUCUGAAGCCUGCAAGCAGCUGCUGAUCUACCGCCUACCUCAGGUUCUGCGGCUCCACCUGAAGCGUUUCAGAUGGUCAGGGCGGAACCACAGGGAGAAGAUAGGCGUCCAUGUGGCCUUCGACCAGGUUCUCAACAUCAAGCCUUACUGCUGCACGGGGUCCGGCCACAGUGUCCACCGCGGGGGCUACACCUACGACCUGUCUGCCGUGGUGAUGCAUCAUGGGAAAGGCUUUGGCUCAGGGCACUACACCGCAUACUGCUAUAACACAGAAGGAGCGUUCUGGGUCCACUGUAAUGACUCUGAGAUGAACGUGUGCAGCGUGGAGGAGGUUUGCAACACUCAGGCCUACAUCCUCUUUUAUACCCAGAGGUCUGGCUAGGUCGGGCCUUCUGAAGAGGAUCUCUGGAACGGCACUGCCGCCCACGGCUGCACCUGGGCGAAUAACAUUUAUUUUAUUUUUUUAUUUUUUUUCUUAAUCAACGGGCUAGAAGAAAUGAGAACAAGGUCACGAGGACACGGUCAAAUCCUUUUUUUCCCAGUUAUCUGACGACUCAACCAAAAAUAUUUGCAGACGAUACCCAAUGGAAACAUAGUUUAUCCAAUCUUUGGCCUACCAAAGAGAUGACGGCGGCCCAUGUUGUACCGAAGUAGUUGCCCACUUUGAAGCCAAAUUGGCUUAUAAAAAGGUCAUGUUGUCGGCAUCCCGUUUUGCAUAUUGAAUUAACACUUCCUAGACAAAGAGGGAAGGGUGUGUGGAGCCGACGGGGUACAGACCUCAGUCCCUGCUCUGUCUGCGGUGGCUCCAGGCUUUAGUGAAUCAUAUUCCAUGUCUAUCGAGUCUUGAGACCCAGCGGGCGCAGCCGUGUGCGAGCCCAAGAACCUUUUUACAUUGGAAGGCAAUAUUGAUUCUGGACCUAAUGAAGGCAUUACUGUGGAGAUCAUUUGUACAGAACGGGCGAGGACCAAAGAUGAUCCGAAACCGGGACUUCAUGUGAUUCUAAGCGUCACUGGCGAGUGGUUUCGGGUCAGGUUUCGUCCUCGGACUGUAGUGCACUGCAGACUACUGUUCAGAACCGAUGUUGCCUCCCAUUUAGUUUUUUUUCUUUAAUGGACCGGUGUCAUUUAGACCGAUCACAUCGCUGAUGGUCUGGGGGUCUCCGCGUCCAUCAGUGGAAAUGGAGCGCAUGGUUUGUAAUGGCUUUCAUUUGUUACUCGCUGCCAUUCCUGUUGGAAAAUGUGUGGGGGAAAAAUCCUGACUUAAAGCUGACCAGCCAUAGGUACCGUUGAGACGAACAAUGUCGCAUGACAUUAGAAACCGGCACUUUAGAAUGCAUUCUCUUGCACUCUAUCCAUCGAUAUCUGCAUCCCAUUGGCCGAGCAUUGGUUCCCAAGCUUCUUUUGUCAGCCCCCCCCCCCCCAUUCUGUUAAAAUACGUAACUUAACUGUUAUCGGUUCGGAGCAGUUUGCACACAGCGUGCGCAAUUUCAACAUUUCCUAGGCGUGGGUCAACCCGCUGUAUGAUCUGUGCGCUCAGGCCCUGAUUAUAUAACUACUGGUUAAUUCCGGGUUCACACGAGUUCCGGCGCGGCCACUAUAGCGUUUGACGCAGUCUUUUAAAUUGUGUAGCGAGUUAAUGGGUUUAUUUACGGCUCUCGUGAGCAACACGUUUGUAAUCGUUUGUUUCGCCUGGGGUUUGUUUCUAUACAGUCUGUGAUUGAGCUCCCCCCCCCCACACACUCCCC